AUGGCCACAACAGGCCCAAUCAGAGACACCGGUGAAGAAGGAAAAGAGACACAUCUCUGUCAAGCCACUGCCCUGCGAAACUGCCUCCCGCUUCCAGGGAUCAGCAUCCUUGAUAAACUCAUCAAGACCUGUCCCGUCUGGCUUCAGCUGAACAUGAACCAGGAAAGGGCUGGGGCGAUACUUGGCAAAGAAACAGCAGGGAUAUUCUUGGUUAGGAGAGAGGGUAACGUGAACAACAUGGUCCUUGCAGUCCGCCUGCCAGCGCAGAAUGAGGCUCCCAGUGUGCUGGAGUACAACAUUAAAGAAGAAAAAUCAAUCCUGUACCUGGAAGGAUCUGUCCUUGUAUUUGAGGAUGUCUUCAAACUGGUUGCCUUCUACUGUGUCAGUAGGGAUUUGCUGCCCUUCACCCUGAAGCUGCCACAAGCAAUAUUAGAAGCCAGUAACUUUCAAGACCUUGAAAUUAUCUCUAGUCUGGGGAUAGAUUUCUGGGAUUCCUCCCUAAACCACAGAAGAAGAGAGGAGUUAUCCCACCCUGCAAAAGACUCUGCUUUCAGCACUGCCCAGGCAGACAGUUUAAGAUCAACCCAGUGUUUUGCAAGUAGCACAAACCACUGCUCAUGUGAAAUUGAGCUGUCAAUAGGAAAUGACAGGCUGUGGUUCGUGAAUCCUAUUUUUAUAGAAGAGUGCAGUAAUCCUUUUCCUCUAGAUGUACCUCCUCCUAAAAGCCAUGCUGUGAGUGCCGAUCUCCCCCCUGCCACCACACUCGCUGAAAGGAGGUCUCCCCGCCGCCCCCCUCCACCUCCACCUUCUCACGCUCUCGUUCAGAAACCUUCUCUGAAGCUCCUGCGGGAUCCCAUGACUGCCUGUGAAGAAAACGAGCUGCUUCUUCAGCCGCUAGGAAAGAGCAUCAAGGAAAUGAAAAUUGAGGGCGGUGACAAUAAAGAAGAAGAGAAGAAGCAGAGCUGCUCAGGCAAUGAGCCCUCGGCAGUGAGCCUCAAGAAGGGCUCCCAGCCCUCUGUCCCCCCACGGAGGCGGCUGUGCGAGAGGACCUCAGAGGAGAGCUGUGUGGGUAAGCCUGGAAGUUGUGAAACGCUGAAAGGGGAACGGACAGGAGAAAAACAAGACACAAGUACAGAGAGCAAAGAUAAGAGGUUGCUGUGCGAAAAGGCUGUAGAAAUGCCUGGGGAGGUUCCCGAAGUGGCUGUAUCACAGUUUCAGGAGACAAAGCCCGAACCUGCAGAGAAGAAGGAGGACAUGCCUGAGAUACAAAGCAAUGCCAUUGAGAAAGCAAAGUCACCUCCUAUCCCACCACCGAGAAGGAAGAGGCUUUCCCAGGUACCGAGGAUCCCCAGCUCCUACCAGUCAAAGCAAAGAACAGUGGCAGAGACGGCCACGGCGCCGGCUUUGUGCAAGAGCAGCUCACCUACAGUGGCAGGUGGUGCUACUUGCACACACACCAAGACUGAACAAGAACAUGGCCGCAAAUCUGUUGGCUCAGCUGAACUGAAAGGUUCGCGCUCCUCUCUGGAGAUCCCGGGAGGCAGCGCCAUGGCUCAGGCGUCAGCGUCCGAACCAGACUCCUACUCCACCAGUAGCACAGAGGAUGACCUGGAGAUGCUGAGUAGCUCGUCCGGUAAAAAGACACGCUCCAUGAUCUUGGGCAAGGCCAAGAACAGGCUGUCCUUUGUGAGCCUGUCCAAUGUCUUCACAGUCUUUUUGUCUAGUGACAGGAAGCUGCAGAAGAAGAUAGUGGAGCUGGCACAGGACAAGGAUUCGUACUUUGGCAACCUGGUGCAGGACUACAGAGUGUACAGUUUAGAGAUGAUGGCAAAGCAGAGCUCCAGCACAGAGAUGCUACAAGAAAUCCGGAUGAUGAUGACGCAGCUGAAGAGUUACUUAGUGCAGAGCACUGAGCUGAAAUCUCUGAUAGAUCCAGCCUCCUACACCGAGGAACAGUUAGAAGUGAUUGCUGAGACAGCUUUGUACAAAUGUGUCCUGAAACCUUUAAAAGAAGCCAUUGAUUCUUACUUAAAAGAAAUCCACAAUGAAGAUGGAUCUUUACAGCAGCUAAAAGAGAACCAACUUGUGAUACAAAACACAACUACCACUGACCUAGGUGUCACAACCAGUGUGCCUGAAACCGUUGUGCUGGAAAAGAUCCUUCACAAGUUCACAACCAUGCACAAGGCCUACUCCCCAGAAAAGAAGAUUGCCAUCUUGCUGAAGUCCUGCAAACUCAUCUAUGACUCCAUGGCUCAGGGAAACCCAGGGAAGCCGUACGGUGCAGAUGACUUCCUUCCCGUGCUUAUGUACGUGUUGGCCCGCAGCAACUUGACUGAAGUCCUUCUGAAUGUGGAGUAUAUGAUGGAGCUCAUGGACCCUGCUCUGCAGCUAGGGGAAGGCUCCUAUUAUUUAACCACCACCUAUGGGGCCCUGGAGCAUAUCAAGAACUACGACAAAAUCACUGUCACACGGCAGCUGAGCAUGGAGGUGCAGGACUCCAUUCACCGCUGGGAGCGACGGAGGACGCUGAACAAGGCCCGGGCUUCCCGCUCGUCAGUGCAGGAUUUCAUCUCUAUCUCCUUUCUGGAGAUCGGUGCUCAGUCAAGGACACUUGCUUCCCGGAAUGACACCACAGCUGAGCAGCUGAGUCAGCAGUGUGCUGAAAAGUUUGAAGUCUCCCAUCCCAAGGACUAUGGACUCUUUGUUUAUGUCGAUGACCAGUGGCUGCAGCUGGACAAAGAUGCCCUUCCUCACCACAUCAAAGCCUCCCUGCUGAAGAGUGAAACCAAGAAAGAUUUCCAUUUUAUUUAUAAACCAAUAGACCAUAAAACCCCGCCAGUUCCAAUUGUCAAAGAGUCAGACUUUCCCAAAGGGCCCUGA